UGGCUGCUCAUCCCAAGCCUUGUUGCUCGACUGGGAAAAGUGAAACUCUCAUUUCAGAGCUUGUAGCAGAUCAGGCACAGCUCUACAGCCGCUCAACAGCUACAGAAGACUUCACCCAUCCCUGACAUCCAACAGCAUGAGGUCGCCAGCAGCCCUGACCUGGCUGCUGCUUCUCAUCCUCCACCUCACAACUGGAGCAUCUGAUGCACUGCACUACGUGGUGACGUGCCCAGCUGUGUUUUACCACCCAUACUCAGCAACGCUGUGGGUGCAUCUCAGCAAUGUCCACCAGCCCACCCAGGUGACCAUCCAGCUGCAGAGAGCAGGCGAGGCUGGAAACAUCACCCUGCUAGAGAGGAAGGUUGAGGAACCUCAGCUGCUUUUGAACGUCACCUUCCCUGCUCCAGCCCCCUCCAAGGGGAAUGAGGAAAUUGCUCAUCUGUACGUCUCCAUCCAAGGAGAGUCCCUGAAUACCACCAGGAAGAGUGUGAUGCUGAAAGUCCUGGAGCCUGGCAUCUUCGUACAGACAGACAAGGCUGUCUACAAGCCCGGACAGCAAGUGAAAUUUCGGAUUGUCUCUUUGGAUAAAGACUUCGUUGCCAGUGACAAGAAGCUGCCCCUCGUCUUCCUGAAGGAUCCCAGAGGAAACCGCAUCGCACAGUGGAGAGAUGUGAGCCCACGGCAGGGCAUCGUGGACCUGUCCCUCCCAUUGGCUGCGGAGCCGGCGUUGGGCACAUACACCAUUCACGUGGAGAGGAAGACUCACUCCUUCAGCGUGGAGGAAUACGUGCUGCCCAAAUUCGAGGUCACCAUUGAUCUUCCCCCCAGCGUGUGGGUGAAGGAUGAGAAGUUCCAGCUGCAGAUCUGUGGACGAUACACCUAUGGGAAGCCUGUCCAGGGGAAGGUCCAUGCUACCUUGUGCCAGCCCUGGAAUUUCAGAACCUACCCAUAUCUUCUUGAGCAAAGCAAGGAUAUCUGCACGGAGGUUGGCGGGCAGACCGAGAAGAACGGCUGCUUUUCAACAGAGGUCUUGAUGUCUUCCUUCAACCUGAGCAACUACAGGCUGCGGAAGGAAUUCCAAGUGAAGGCGUCACUGGUGGAGGAGGGGACAGGGGUGGAGAUGAACAACACCAAGACCUGCAACGUUUUGGAGAAAAUCUUCACAGUCACCUUUGAAAACACUGAUGACUUCUACAAGCGUGGGCUGCCCUACACUGGGACGAUGCAUCUGAAGAGGGCAGACAGCUCUGCCGCAGGUGGGCAGCAGCUUGUGCUCCUUGUUAACAAUAAGAGACACAGCUUCCUGACGGAUGAAUCUGGGAGAGCCUCCUUUGAGCUGGACACCUCCGGUUGGACUGAAACAGUCAGACUGGUUGGUGAAGUCAACACGUCGGCUGACAGCCAGAAUGGUGCCUCAUCGCCCACAUUCAACAGAGCUCAUUUGAACCUCCAACCCUUCUUUUCGAAGAGCCAGAGCUUUCUGCACAUCCACCGGCUGAAGGGCAAGCUGUCCUGCAGCCAGCUCGAGCAGCUCCAGGUGGAUUAUAUCCUCAACAAGGAGGCCCUGGGGAGCGAGCUGCAGAGCCUGGAUGUGGUCUUCCUGGUCCUGGCCAAGGGGACCAUCGCCAACAUCCUCAGGAAGGAGCUGCCUUUGAGUGCAGGAUUGAGAGGCUCCUUCUCCCUGGAGCUGCCCAUCAGCCCUGAGCUGGCUCCCACAGCCACGGUGCUGUGCUAUGCAGUGCUCCCCAACGGCGAGAUGCUGGCUGGCAGCACCAAGCUCAACAUGCUCAACUGCCUCCCCAACAAGGUGAAAAUGGCCUUUUCCAAGGAGCGGGCGCUGCCUGGUUCAGCGCUGAAGAUGGAGUUGGAGGCAGCCCCAGGCUCCUUAUGUGCCAUCCGUGCCGUGGAUCGUAGUGUGCUGCUCCUGAAGCCCGAGGCUGAGCUCACCGCGGCGGAGAUCUACAAAGUGCUCCCCAGUUUCAGUUAUCCUGGAAGAAUUCAAGACCCAUCGCCCUGUGGCUGGUACCAUCACCGCUUCCCCUGGGAGCCUGCAGAUGUGCGCCGUUCAAGGAGAUUUAUUUUACCACCUUACUGGGACAGUAUCCAGAUGAACCCCUCCAAGUUAUUUCAGAAUGCAGCACUGAAGCUUCUCACCAAUGCUAAGACAAGGGAUGAUUGCAAAGAGUAUUACACGCCUCAGUACUUUACGCUGGGUGUGCCAGGCAAUGCCGGGCCUGAUGUCAGAAGAGGUAUGCAUAUGCCCAUGGUGGAAAGCAGGAUACCCAUGUUAGCUAGCGUCCCACAUGCUGCCAGCAACGAGGAAGAGCCUCCAGCUCCCCGGGUUCAUUUCCCAGAGACAUGGUUGUGGGAUCUGGUGCCUGUGGGGGAGGAGGGCUCUGCAGAGAUGGUGAUGACGGUGCCUGAUGCCAUCACGGAAUGGAAAGCUGAGAUGUUCUGCACAGCACCUGUGGGCUUGGGGCUGGCCCCUGCCACCACCCUCACAGUCUUCAAGCCCUUCUUUGUGGACCUGGCUCUGCCCUAUGCUGUGAUCCGUGGUGAAGCCUUCUCGCUGGUUGCCACCGUCUUCAAUUACCUGCGGCAGUGCCUACGGGUCGAGGUGACACUGGCGGACUCGGCAGAGCUGGAGGUGUCAGCAGUUGCAGGUGCAGCGUACAGCAGCUGUGUCUGUGCAGAUGAAGCCAAGACGUUCCGGUGGGACGUGAAGGCCACCAACCUGGGGGAGGUGAACAUCACCAUCAGCACCGAGGCCAUAAGCUCUGAGGAGCUCUGUGGCAAUGAGAAGCCUGUGGUGCCAGCCCAGGGACGCGUGGACACUGUGAUAAAGCCAUUACUGGUGCAGCCCGGUGGCAUCCUGGUGGAGAAGGCACACAGCUCCCUGCUCUGCAAGGAAGCCUCUGAAGAAGUGUCCCUAGAGCUUCCUGCCAACAUCUUGGAGGGCUCCCAGCGAGCUCACGUCAGUGUGAUGGGCGACAUCAUGGGCAACGCGCUGCAGAACGUGGACCGCCUCCUGGCCAUGCCCUACGGCUGCGGGGAGCAGAACAUGGUGCGCUUCGCCCCCAACAUCUACAUCCAGCAGUACCUGGAGAAGAGCGGGCAGAUGAACUCCGACAUCCGUGCCAAGGCGCAGGGCUUCCUGCAGAGCGGCUACCAACGAGAGCUGCUCUACAAACACAGCGACGGCUCUUACAGCGCUUUUGGGGAGGGAGAUGAGAGCGGCAACACCUGGUUGACAGCAUUCGUCCUCAAGUCCUUCGGGCAAGCGAGAGCCUUUGUGGCCAUCGAGGAGCGGCACAUCACGGACGCACAGCACUGGUUGCAGAAGCAGCAGCAGGAGUCAGGAUGCUUCCGCAGCGUGGGCAAGCUCUUCAAUAACGCCCUGCAGGGUGGUGUAUCGGAUGAGCUCUCGCUGUCUGCUUAUGUCACGGCUGCGCUGCUGGAACUGGGGAUGUCCCCAACGGACCCAACAGUGAGCUCAGCCCUGAAAUGCUUGGAGACGUCAAGCACUGACAACCUCUACACCGAGGCACUGCUGGCAUAUGUUUGUGGACUGGCAGGGCGUGAGGAGCAGCAGCAAGCCCGGCUGCAGAGCUUGCUGCAGCGUGGCACCAGCACAGAGGGGCUGCUCUUCUGGAAGAGGAAGGAGAAAGCUCUAUCCACCGAGUCCCCCUGGGCUGAGGCUGCGCCAGCAGAGGUGGAGAUGACGGCUUACGUCCUCCUGGCAUUCCUGACCCAGCCCCAGGUGUCCCGUGCUGACCUGGCCAAAGCCUCCCAGAUCGUCCGCUGGCUCAGCAAACAGCAAAACCCCUACGGAGGCUUUGCUUCCACCCAGGACACUGUGGUGGCCCUGCAAGCCUUGGCCAAGUAUGCCACCCUGACAUACAGCGACAACGGGGACUUAGCAGUGACGGUGACAGCCCCGACGGGCUCCAAGCAGGACUUCAUGCUGGAAGCCAGCAACAGACUGGUGCUGCAGCAGGCAGCCCUGCAUGAUCUGCCAGGGCUGUACGGGGUGAAAACCCACGGGCAGGGCUGUGCUCUGGUGCAGGUGACACUGCGCUACAACAUGCCACCGCCUCCCAGCGCAGGGACGUUUGACCUCAGUGUAGAGACAGAACCCAAAACGUGCACAAGUGAUGCCAGCACCCACUUCCGCCUCCUCCUCCGGGCACGAUACACUGGAAACCGUGCUGCCACCAACAUGGUUGUCAUCGAGGCCAAGUUGCCAUCAGGCUACAUCCCAGACAAGAGCUCAGUGGUAGAGCUGAAGAGGCAGAAACUGGUGAAGAAGGUGGAGGUGCAGAGUGACCAGGUGACCAUUUACCUGGAUCAGCUGACAAAGGAGGAGGAGACCUUCAGCUUUGCAGCCACACAGGACUUCCCAGUGAGGAACCUCCAGCCUGCUACCGUGAUGCUGUAUGACUACUAUGAGACAGGUGACCGCACGGAUGCUGCCUACAGCGCUCCUUGCAGCUCAGAGGCUGACAGCCAGGCAAAGGAGAAUUUCUAGAGGAGUUCCACAUCUAGCAGCUGAUCCCAUCUGUGCACCUUGAUUCCCUCAGCCAAGAACCAGGACAGCCCAAGGUCUCUGCUCCCACCGGCCCUACAGGGGGCAGCUCCACCAGCACCACUGCACAACUCGGCAGCCUCUCCCCAUCCCGUGCAGCUCCUGCCCUACCAACAUCCAGUGCAGCCACAGCUGAGGCACACUGGGGACAGGGACAACUCACUGCUCUGCACCCCCUGCCCUGAUUUUAUGGGGACAGCAUUGUGCACAGAGCCCCUGGCCCCCUCCCCUUCCACUAACAGUGCAGGUGCCUGAGGAUAAUGCUACGACAUAUCUGAGUGAUGAUUAAAGGAGAAGAGAGGCCACAGUCCCUCCAGCCACUGCCCUGGGUCUAAAUAAAGAGUAUUUUCUUAAGUA